AUAUCCAUUCUGCCAACAAAUAGCUGAGGACCAAAUAAUAGAACUCAUUCAUACAAUGGAACACCCAAACGUCCGACAAAAGAAUAUUUACUCUUUAGACAAGGGAUCAUUGAUACACGGAUAUAAGUCUCCACUACAAUUACCAUCAGGAGUUGCUACUCGGUUAGCCAAGGAAUACAGGCGAGCAAGUUCUACAUUGUCUGUUCCUAGUGUUAUACAGUAUUUCAAGGAAUCUACAGCUUCGAGAUUAGAACUGAACUAUAAAACAUUGGUUUCUAUGAAUUCCUAUAUAGACAAAUGUGUAGAACUCAUAUGGUACAUGUGUGUACAAGAUCCAUCGAUGAUUUUAAGGUGGCCAGAUCCUGACGAUGCUAUGGAUCCAACAAUUUUUAAAUACUACAAGAAAAAAGGAACUGUUGUCAAACAUGCUGUAUGGCCAGCUUUAUAUUUACAUGACGCCGGUUUAAUGUUAAAACGGGGCUGCGCAAGACCUUACUAAUCUGCUAUAU